UUGAUAUUCAUUUGUUUAGAAGCAUAAAUUUAUCAAAUUUUGUUUUUAAUAUUAAAUGAAAGCAAAAAUAAAAAGUAAAAUAAAUUUAUAAUAAAUUUUUAAAAAUUUUACAUAAAAUCAUGGAAAUUGAUCCAGAUAUUGUGAAAGAAUUCGAAGAACUUGAGGUGUCAUCGAACAAGCCCAGUGAAGAAGAGUUAAAAAAUUUUGAUGAAGAUUCUUUGCUGAAACCAUUAAAUGAUAUAAACAAAGCUACGCACCCAACUUAUACAACUAUACCAAAAUUUUUUCAUGCUCCUCCGUCACCUUCAAAUUCCUUAAGACAAAGUUUACGCAAGGAGGCUCAUUCACUGUUUUUGCAGAAGCGUUCCCAAGACUUACUGGACAAUGAAGAAUUGAAUAGUUUGUGGACGAUUUUGGAGAAAAAUUGCACUCAAGUUACACCUUUGGGUCAACAGUUAAUAGGCUAUGACGAUUACCUAAAAGUAAUGAAAACGAUUAGCCCGAAGAGUCGCAAAUAUUUAACUUCGCGCCUUUUUGCCAAAUUGCAAUGUCAUUCUGGUUAUCCUGGCAAAGUUGAACUCAUUUCCAUAUUUAAUUAUACUAUGCGGAAAGUUUGGUUAACGCAAGGUCGCAUAGGUUUAUCAUUUUACGAUGAUGUCGGUCAGGGUUUCUUAAGAGAAAUCGAUAUGGAGAACUAUAUUAUUGACAUUAUACCAACUUUAGCACAAAUUAGCAGUUGUGUUCAACCGUCAUUUCAAAGUUUCUACGUGUGUACGGUGGUUAAGAAAUUCUUUUUCUUUUUGGAUCCUUUACAUACUGGCCGUAUACGUAUACGCGAUAUAUUGGCGUCGGGACUAUUAACCGAAUUAUUAGAGCUGCGUGAUGAAGAAUCAUCCAAGGAAUCACAUGAACACAAUUGGUUUUCGAUGCCAUCAGUUUUAACGGUCUAUGGUAAUUAUCUAAACCUCGAUAAGGAUCAUAACGGUAUGUUAAGUAAACAAGAGUUGGCCGAUUAUGGCUCGGGUACGUUAACCUCAGUAUUUUUGGAUCGUGUAUUUGAUGAAUGUCGGACAUUUGAUGGUGAAAUGGACUAUAAAACCUUUUUGGAUUUUGUAUUGGCUUUAGAUAAUCGUCAUGAACCGCAAUCAUUGCAUUAUUUAUUCCGCAUACUCGAUGUCCAACAUAAGGGCUAUCUAACGGUACAAACAUUACAUUACUUUUUCAAAGGCAUACAAGAGCAAAUACGAGCCGUAAACGCUGAAGCGGUUAAUUUUGAAGAUUUAAAAGAUGAAAUUUUCGAUAUGGUUAAAUCAAAAGAUCCUUGCAAAAUAACACUGCAGGAUUUAAUUAACUGCGGUCAAGCGGAAACGGUUGUCUCAAUAUUAAUUGAAUUUCAUAAAUUCUGGGCGUACGAAAAUCGCGAAGAAGGUUCAUUUUGCCCUUUUUUUCUUUUCUUUUUUAUCAUUAUUUCUUUUAUUUUGUUUUCUCUUCCUCUUCCGUUUUUGAUAUAACCCCAACCAGGUGAACGUUUAACUGACGAUCAAGAGCAAAAAUGAUUGUGUAUUUGUGUCUUUGUGUGUGUGUGUGUGUGUGUGUGCGUGCAUAUUGUCUUUCCAACUGGCUGUACGCAUAUCCAAUGUUCCUCUGCACACACUCUCUCUCUCUCUCUCUAUAUAUAUAUGUACAUAUAUAUAUAUACACAUAUGUAUGUGUAUAUGUGUACAUAUGUAUAGAUGAGUGUGAAGUUAUUUAAGGAGCUUUUAGUUGAAAUUAACUUAGAAAUUUUUUUUUUUUUUUUUGUAUAUAUAUAUGUAAAUGAAAAAAUAAACAUUCUCUCCGUCCAUAAAUUUUGCAUUGAUUUCAAAUAUUCACUUGUCCGAAAGUAUGAUAUACCUGUGCAACGUAUGUUUUACAAUAAUUUUAUUUAUAAAAUGAUCAUAUAUAUCUAAUAAAAUAAAGAACAAAAUAUGUACAAACUAUUGUAAGAAUA